CGCGGACCUGCGAUGCCUGGACCUGGACACAGAACAACACAAGCAGAACGAGGAUUGCCUUGUCCAAUGCAGGAGCACGAUUGCGAUUAGGUUUUGCGGACACGGGACAAGAAUUGUGUUGGUGGGGAGACCAAAGUCACGUUGCGCGAAGGGGUUCGCCCCCGUCGCCGUUUGUCAUGCAUAGAACAUCAGGAUCCUUCCUGAAGAGGGCCAGUGCAUCCACUGGCAGCCUGACAAGCAAUAUGAGGGAGUAUCCAACGAAUGCUGAUGAUUACAAGUUGUUGGAAGAGUGCGGGAGGGGAGUCAGCGCAACAGUGUGGCGUGCGCUCUGUAUACCUUAUAAUGAGGAGGUGGCAGUGAAAUUGCUCGAUCUUGAAAACGUGAACUGCAGCCUGGAUGAGAUUGUGCGAGAGGCUCAGACCAUGCGGCAGCAGUCCCACGCCUCCGUAUUGCCAUUGUAUUGCUCCUUCGUGCACGAGCAGAACCUGUGGAUGGUCAUGCCAUAUGUGGCGGGCGGCUCUGUCCUCAACAUCAUGAAAUACGCCUAUCCAGAUGGGCUGGAGGAGCCAGUCAUUGCCACAAUCCUCAAAGAAGUGCUGAAGGGGCUGGACUACAUGCACAAGCAGGGGGGCAUCCACCGGGAUGUGAAGGCGGGGAACAUCCUGAUCAACACGGACGGGCAGGUGGUGCUGGCGGACUUUGGGGUGGCGGCCACGAUGGAGCGCGGCGGCUCCUGGGGCAACAAGAACAUCUCGCGCAACACAUUCGUCGGCACGCCCUGCUGGAUGGCGCCCGAGGUCAUGGAGCAGACCCAGGGGUACAAUUCGCUGGCGGACAUAUGGUCGUUUGGGAUCACCAUUCUGGAGCUGGCGCACGGGCACGCGCCGUUUGCGCGGUUCCCGCCGAUGAAGGUGCUGCUGAUGACCAUCCAGAACCCGCCGCCCUCACUGGAGUCCGACGCCAAAAAGCACUUCUCAAAGGCGAUGAGGGAUAUCGUGGCAAAGUGCCUGGUGAAGGACCCAUCAAAGCGCCCCACGGCUGCGCAGCUCCUGGAUCACAAGUUUUUCAAGACGGCGCAUGACCAGGGGUACAUUGUGAAGCACCUGCUGGCGGGGCUGCCGCAAGUGACGGAGCGCGUGAAGGCGAUGCGGCAGGGGCGCAAUGGCAACAUGGCGGACGAUGCCAAGGACCGCAUGUUCGCCUCUCAGGAAGCCUACAUCAAGGGUGUGUCGGCGUGGAAUUUUGACGUAGCGGCGCUGAAGGAGCAGGCAGCGAGGGAAGGCGGCCUAGAGCCUUCGCUGGCCCCCAUCAUAGAGGGGGCGGCCAGCGACGUUUCUGCGCAGACUGGCGGACUGGGGGAACCGGUGCUGUCGGUGGAGGUGCCGAGCGGGCUGCAGUCCCCGACGGGAAAGCCGCCGCUGGCCAGCCCGGGCCAGCCGACGCGCAGCAACUCAGAGCGCAGCCUCUCAGCCGCCUCCACGCCCGGCAAGGCGCCACUGGCCGGCUCCGGCGGCUCGGGAGCAGCCACCGCCGCCGCGCUGGCCGGCAAGGGCGUCGCCAUUAAGGGCGAUCGCGGCCGCUUCAAGGUCUAUGAGGGUGAAGCGCCUCCGCCGCUGUCGCCUGUGCUGACGAACGGGGCGCAGCUGAUGGAAGCCAACCUGAAGCCGGCCACGCCGGAGCCGCGCGGUAGCACCGCUUCCCUGGAUGGCUCCGAGGGCGGCUCGCGCGCCGCCUCUGAGUCCGGCGAGCUCGCCGCCAACAAGGAGGCCCACAAGAAGGGGCGCUUCAAGAUCGUGGAGGAGGACAUGGGUGCAGAGGGUGCCAAGGUUGCGCGGCGCACGGGCACGAGCGACAAGGUGGCGGAGGGACGUGCGCCGAGCGGCCAGUUGGGAGACGGAAGCAAGCCCAUCCCGGCGACGGCGGUGAAGAUCCUGCUGCCGGCGCUCAAGGAGCUGCUGCAGGGCAUGGGCACCCAGUACGACCUCCUCAAAGAGGUCGUCGCCGCCGUGCAGGCGCGCCCCAGCCCCUCACCGGCCAUCUUUCCUAUCUCUACUGACACUGAGCGGGGCCGGCAGUCGAGCAUCAACACGCUGUUGGCUGAGGUCAGCGAGCGGGCCUACCCCAAGCCCAGCCGGGAAGAGACCGACCGCUUGAAACUGGAGAAUAACCACCUGAGGGAGGAAGUGCAGCGGCUGGCGCAGAGGAUACGCGUGAUGGAGGAGGAAGUCUCACGCCACCAGCGCUACGCAGCCGAGGAGCCCUGACCCCAGGGGCCCUUUUUGCACACCACCGUCUGGUGCAGGAUUGUACACUAGCAUACCUCGGCCCCGCUGUCAGAGCCUUGCUGCUGAAAUAAUGCCCUCAACAUGGUGGCAACUGAAGCAGCUGCCAUGGGAAGUGCCAUGGGUUAUCCAUUAAUUUGGCGUGGAAUGGAGUGAGUAAUCAGGUGCUUUGCGGUGACAACUGUAAGUGAAGCAUUGGCACGGCUUCAGGGGUAGGGGUGUGGAAGGUUUAGGUGAUCGCGAUUGCACUGCAUAAUAUCAUCCAUUGCAUAAGUUGUUGUGCCACAUACCCCACGAUGCAUCUUUUGCAGAGUUGCGCGAUAAGCUGCUUCAAAUGUAUUCAAGUACCUUUUUGAGUGUGUUGUGUCAGCAAGGUCUGGUGUGGAGGAGGCAGUCCUUGGGCGGGGGCCUGCCCCUGUGAGGCCUGACGAAGCCAAGCUACUUACGCGUGACGGGCUGGGCAGAAAUCUUUGCAAGUCGGUGCAGGGCUGUAACAAAUUGCAUUGCUCUCAGGAUGCAGCCAGCUGUUUCAUGAUUUUGGUCAGGAAGAGAGGUCCCUCAGCAUUCUUUACCAAGCAUUGCCGGCAGCCAAUGGCGGUGUAAGUAGUUGUGCAC